AUGGCCAGUAUCCUGUCAUUGAGUUUUGGCAAACCUGUCAUCGCUGUGACAACAGAGAGGCUUGCUUCUAAUGUUUACUUGCUUGUUGUUUGCUUAUGGAUGUACCCGUUGCCUACCGUGGGCCGAAGAGGUGCCGACCGCUUUGUCGGGACUCUGGCCAACUACAGCGGCGAUGUCGUUCUCGGCGGUCUCUUCCCCGUCCACGGCUACAAUCACGAGAGUAAGGUCUGUGGAUCGAUUCAAGAUCAAGACGGAAUCCAGAUGAUGGAAGCCAUGAUGUUUAGUUUGGAUGAGAUCAAUUCCAGUGGAUUUCUGCCGGGCUUCACCCUUGGGGCACUGAUCGCCGAUACCUGCGACAGCGCCACAGUCGCCCUGGAGCGCUCCGUGGAGUUUGUGCGUGACUUGACGGAAACUUUAACUUUCCCGGGGCAGUUGCCACUUCAGUGCUCUGAUGGUUCCCCUCCCCGGAGGAUGGGCACAGGGAACCUUGACCGGGUGGUAGGAGUGGUGGGCGCAGCUGCAAGCAGUAUCUCUACACAGGUAGCCAGCUUCCUAAGGCUGUUUAAAGUUCCACAGGUAAGUUACCUGUCUACUACUCCAGACCUAAGCAACAAAGAGCGUUAUGCAUUCUUCACAAGAACGGUUCCGUCUGACACAUUUCAAGCCAUGGCAAUAAUAGAGAUAUUGAGUCGGUUUGGCUGGAGUUACGUAUCUGCGGUGUAUGACGACUCCACGUACGGAUCGGAGUUGUUCGGAGAGGUAGAGAAGCUCGCUGUUCAGCAUGGCAUUUGUUUUGCAUUGACCAGAAAAAUUCGACGGUAUCCUUCCUCUCAUACAGACGAUUUGGAUCUGGAAAUGGAACAUGUGGUCGAAGAUUUGACCAGCAAGAAAAACUCCCGAGUCGUGGUUGUGAUAUCAAAUUACAACCAAGCCCGGAAGUUAUUCGAGGCAGCCAAUCGCAAUGAAGAAGCUAGCGGACUGAUAUGGAUCGGCAGUGACGGUUGGAGCGGUCGUGAAUCGGUCGUGAAGGGCCUAGAGCAUAUUGCUGGCAAUGCCAUCACCGUGCAACCACUGGGGAAAAAACUUAAGGGCUUUGAUCAGUAUUUUACAAGCCUCACACCAACGUCAAAUUCACGGAACCCAUGGUUUCGCGAGUUUUGGGCAUCCCAUUUCCAGUGUCAUUGGCCUGACAUUUCAAACGGUUUGAGGGCUAAAUACCCAAAACAGUGUACCGAAAACGUUCUUCUGGAUGCAGAAAACGGAUAUCGUCAGUUUUUAGCCCUGACGUACGUAAGAAAUGCCGUUCAGGUGUAUGCACAUGCGCUGAAGAACAUGCAUGCUGACAAAUGCGGAAACACUCGGGGUUUGUGUCCGGCAAUGGACGUGUCAGAAAUCACAGGCGAAGAUCUGCUGGCCUACAUGGAGAAUGUCACUUUCACAGGGAGCAAUGGUCAGGAUUUCGCCUUUGUGAACAGGGUAGAUGGACCACCACGAUACAGUCUGCUGAGCUACAGGUAUCAAAAUGGCCAACACAGGUGGAUUGAAAUCGGGAAUUACACCUAUGAAAAUGGAGAGGAAAAGAUCAUGCCCGCUGACCUCUUCAGUUUGGUAAAACAGGAAUAUCCUUCAUCAGUGUGCUCAAGGGAAUGUUUGAGCAAUGAAGCUAAGAAAAUGUCGGAUCAGGACAAAUGCUGCUGGGUGUGUGUAAAUUGUACGUCUUACCAAUACUUACCGACCAAGUCCGAGUGCCAUGAUUGCCCCAUGGGGCACAAACCUAACCCAGCCUACAACGCGUGUGUGUCCAUACCGGAAGUCUAUAUGGCGCAUGGCCAGGGACUGAGUAUUGGCCUGUCCGCCUUUUCACUGGCUGGUAUGAUCGUCUGCUUCUUGAUGGGUGUAAUAUUUUACAAGUACCGACACACGCCAGUUGUUAAGGCUUCGGGUACAGAACUUAGCUUUGUGUUGUUGGCAGGAGUGGCAUUAUCUUAUGCAGCAACUUUUGCAUUCGUCGCAGAGCCUAGGCCAGUGGCUUGUGGUUUUACGAGGUUUCUUUUCGGACUUUCUUACACCGUCUGUUAUGCCGCCAUUUUGAUCAAGACAAACCGUAUUGCCCGGAUAUUCCACGGUGGAGAGAAGGGAACCGUAAAGACAAAGUACAUCACUCCUCGGUCACAACUCGUGUUCCUGCUCUCUCUAACGUCUGUACAGCUGAUCAUUCUCGUCGCCUGGAUGGUUCUUCGCUUACCGGAUGUGGACCAUCUGUAUCCGACGAGGGCGGACAAUAUCCGAAUCUGCGCUCAGUCCGAUGACGCUUCCUAUUUGAUCGGGUUGAUUUAUCCUUUUCUCUUGGUCGUAUUGUGUACAUUUUAUGCUGUAAAAACCCGAAAAACCCCCGACGGGUUUAACGAAGCUAGGUAUAUAGCCUUCUGUGCCUACUCCGCUUGUAUUCUGUGGCUGUCCUUCGUGCCAAUCUACUUCACCAAUGGUAAUCACGCCUUAAGGGUGGCCACUCUCUCGUUGUCCUUGUCGGUCAAUGGGACAGUCAUUCUAGUCUGCUUGUUCCUUCCUAAGGUAUACAUCGUCAUUCUGCGGCCAUAUAAGAACACCAGAGAGGCCGUCAUGGCCAGAAGUGUGACGACAAAAAGCAGUGACGAACACUCCAGUACCAGGCGAGCACACUCUGAUGACCACAAAGGCAACAGGUCCUGCGGCCCCUCCACAAAACCACAAGAUAUCAACAUAUCGGUGAUCUCUGGUAGUUUGGUAAACGAUAUACCAGCACGGACUGAAAGUGAAGAAGAUCCCUGUGUGGAAAAUCCCAGUAUGGAUUCCGGCUGUUAUGUGAACAGUGCUUUCAGAGAUAGUAUAGUUUAUCUAGACGACGGCGCAGACAAUAAUAAGUUGGAACUUGACGCAUGCGUGGUGGAUACAGAAAAUGUCGUCAGCGCUGCAGAUCUCAAGUCAGGACCAUGUGAAGACGUCACGAAAGCGGAUGUCAACCCCAUGCCUACCAAUUCUUAG